AUGCUGGGCCACUGCACCCUUCUGGUGCUCCUGGCGCUGCUCGCCCUGGCCCAGCAGCACAGCCCCAGGGACCAGGGCACUGCCCUCACCCUCACUGCAUCCCCUCACCGGGCCCUGCAGGGACAUUGGACCCCCACUGCCCCGCCUGCCCCGCCCAAAGUGGGUGAGUGCCCAGUGGGGGCGAGCGGAGCCCCUUGGCCCCCCGGACUGUACUGCCUCUCCGACCAUGGCUGCCCUGGUGCUGAGAAGUGCUGCCAGAACGGGAAGGUCUGGACCUGCCUCCUGCCCACCACAGAGAGCCCGGGCUACUGCCCCCGUGCUGGCAGUGCCAUCGGGCCAAGCUGUGGGACGAGAUGUCACAAUGACACCACAUGCCACUCGGGGCAGAAGUGCUGCACCCGCGGCUGCUGCACCCGCUGCGUGCUUGCUGAGCCAGCCAAACCUGGGUUCUGCCCAUGGAAGCGUGCCCAGAGGAGAGCUGCUGCCUGCCCCAACCGCUGCACCGAUGACCGGGACUGCCCUGGGGAGCACAAGUGCUGCUUCUCUGGCUGUGGGUUGGCCUGCACCCCUCCAGACACAGGGAGCCACCGUGCCACAGCGAAGCCCGGCGUGUGCCCCAUGGUGCUGCGGGGCUCCUUGGGGCCCUGCCUGGAGCGGUGUGACACUGACAGUGACUGCACUGGGGACGACAAGUGCUGCACCACUGGCUGUGGUCACAUCUGCAAACCACCCACCAAGGGUAAACCAUCGGCACCCUGUGGGGCCAAGACCCCUGUGCCCCCUCCCUAUCUGUCACCGGCAGCUCCUCCACCCUGGAGGGGCUGCCUCCUCCUGUGCCUGCAGGACAAGGACUGUCCCCUUGGCCAGAAGUGCUGCCUGCAGGGCUGCAGCUGCGUCUGCGUCCACCCACUGUGGGGUAUAGUCCCCUCCAGCCUGCUGCCUCCUGGGUCCAGCCUGGAGGGGACAGAGGGGGGACAGGGUGGGAGCACUACAGGGCUCCCCAUCCCUCAGAGAAGGAGCACUGAGGCAUCCUCACUGACCACCUCACUUGCCUCUUCCAGGUACAGCGUAGCCAUGGCCAUGAAGGGCUGCACCAGGAGCUGCCAUUUCAGGGUCAUCCCCACCCCACUGUGAUUGCACCCAUGGGCUGAGCAGAGGUGCUGGUGCACCCCACACCUCUCCCUGCACUGGACCCUGUGCACUGGCAGGAUGGCACCAGCGCUGACUCCGAUGCUUCUGCUCAGGGUCCCUGGCACCCCCAGCCGUGCCAUUAAGGGCUGCAUGCUGCCUGCACUACCCAUGGCCAAGAUUCCUAGCAACCCCACAUGAGGCAAAACCCUGCAUCCACAGUGGCCCCAGCUACUCCACAGCACUGAG